AUGAACUUGGUCGCGAUGAACGAUAAGGAUGAGAUCUAUGAGGAUCCUGAGUCUACUGAGGAUGAUGAGAGUGAGGACUCGGAUGAUAUGGCUGCGAGUGUGGAGGCAGCAGUGAAGCAGGAAGAGGAGAUAGUGAUCAUGGAGGCAGCAGCAGUAAACGGUGGAGAUGGAGACGAUGUCAACACUUUUGCAGCAGCGAUCGUGGUUGAAGAUGAAGCAGUAAAUGCGAAGUGUGUGGGAGUUGAAGCUGUGAAAGGGGACAUCAUGGUGAAAGGAUCAAAGGCGAAUGCAACUGCAAAGGGGCAAGUGCUUAAGGAGGAUGAACGCGUUGAAGGGUACGUCACUGGUGCCCCGCUGCUGCUUCUCUUCCCCGUUGCGUUCCCUGCCGCACUUGUCCGUCCGUACGUAUCCUGCUCCUCCAUUUCCAUCCCAGCGUUAGUCUAA